UCCGACACGGCAUCGUCUCCCUCUAUUGCGCACGAAGAAGAACAAUGCGGAAAUGACGUCACGUCGAGUUAACGCUAGCUGGCUAAUACAACAAACAAACGCUGGAAUUCUACGAACAAAUAUCGCGUAUUUCUUCACUUUAGAGUCCAGCUCAUUUUGUUUGGACACACUUUUGUUUACUUUAAGUAGUCGGACUGAGCCCAGAAAGUGCUCACUCACUCCCAGUACGUGUGGAGUUUAGCAUGAGUUAGCAUGGAAGCUAAUAAGUUUAAAGUCAUGAACUUUUUAGUGAUGACGUCAUGUAGAAGUUUUUAAUCCUGUUGUGGUCUGAAGGAAUCCGUUCGGGUAGACUUAAGGUUCUGAGCCUCUUGUUGCCUGUCGGUGACGCUUGAUGGGGUUCCUCAGGGUCAUGAUGGCGACCAAGUUUCAGCUUUUGGCUCUUUUGACGUUCGGAGUCACGAUGCUCUUCAUCGAGAACCAGAUCCAAAGACUGGACGAGUCCAGAGCAAAGUUAGAGCGUGCCAUGGCCAGACACGAGCUGGCGGCGGUGGAGCCGCGCCACGGCGAAGAAGGCACUCGCGACCUCUCCUCGCCGUCGGCGGACGACGACGACGACGCGGUGGUCAUCUACAACAGGGUGCCGAAGACGGCCAGCACGUCCUUCACCAACAUCGCCUACGACCUGUGCGCCAAGAACCGCUUCCACGUGCUGCACAUCAACACCACCAAGAACAACCCCGUCAUGUCUCUGCAGGACCAGGUGCGCUUUGUACGCAACGUCACCUCCUGGCGAGAGAUGAAGCCCGGCUUCUACCACGGCCACGUCGCCUACAUCGACUUCUCCAAGCACGGCGUGAAGGGCCAGCCGUUCUACAUCAACGUGGUGCGAGACCCCAUCGAGCGCCUGGUGUCGUAUUACUACUUCCUGCGCUUUGGCGACGACUACCGGCCCGGCCUGCGGCGAAGGAAGCAAGGCGACAAGAAGACCUUUGACGAGUGUGUGGCGUCAGGCGGCUCAGACUGCGCCCCUGAGAAGCUGUGGCUGCAGAUCCCCUUCUUUUGUGGUCACCAUUCAGAGUGCUGGAACGUGGGCAGCCGGUGGGCGCUGGAGCAGGCCAAGUACAACCUGGUGGAGCGGUACCUGCUGGUGGGCGUGACCGAGGAGCUGGAGGACUUCAUCAUGAUCCUGGAAGCCACUCUGCCGCGCUUCUUCAAGGGAGCCUCCGCGCUCUACAAGACAGGCAAGAAGUCCCACCUGCGUAAGACCACGGAGAAGAAGCCCCCCGCCAAGGAGACCACCGCCAAGCUGCAGCAGUCCAAAGUCUGGAAGCUGGAGAAGGAGUUCUACGAGUUUGCGCUGGAGCACUUCCAGUUUGUGCGCGCCCACGCCGUCCGGGAGAAGGACGGCGAACUAUUGGCGCUUGCCCAGAGCUUCUUCUACGAGAAGAUCUACCCCAAAGCCAGCUGAGAAGCAGCAGACUGAAACUGAAACUGAAACUCUCUGGCUGGCGGAUUGUUGACAGGAAACUCUUCAUGCCUUGUUGCGCUUCCACAGGAUCACUCAAGACACUUUUUAAAAUGGCUAAAAAUCUCAUGCUGGGGACUUUUGUACGCGUUCUAUUUCUAGUGCUUGUUUACACUGGGACCAAAUAUCACUGCAUCCCCUUGGUGCUGAGCUAGCACCUCAUGCCACUGAAUCAGUGCCAUUUGUUACCUUUCUCAAUCAUAUUCACCCAUCCGGAUCUCCUUGUUGACAAGGUUCCUUAGAUUGUGACUCAUUUGACAGGACUGAUAGUAGUUUCCACAACAAAAAACAUUAGGUAAUAUGACUGGUAGUAGUUUCAACAACAAAAAACAUUAGGUAACAGGACUGAUGGUAGUUUCAACAACAAAAAACAUUAGGUAACAGGACUGAUGGUAGUUUCAACAACAAAAAACAUUAGGUAACAGGACUGAUGGUAGUUUCAACAACAAAAAACAUUAGGUAACAGGACUGAUGGUAGUUUCGACAACAAAAAACAUUAGGUAACAGGACUGAGUAGUUUCAAGAACAAAAAACAUUAGGUAACAGGACUGAUGGUAGUUUCGACAACAAAAAACAUUAGGUAACAGGACUGAUAGUAGUUUCAACAACAAACAAUAUUAGGUAACAGGACUGAUGGUAGUUUCAAAAACAAAAAACAUUAGGUAACAGUACUGAUGGUAGUUUUAACAACAAAAAACAUUAGGUAGCAGGACUGAUGGUAGUUUCGACAACAAAAAACAUUAGGUAACAGGACUGAUGGUAGUUUCAACAACAAAAAACAUUAGGUAACAGGACUGAGUAGUUUCAAGAACAAAAAACAUUAGGUAACAGGACUGAUGUAGUUUCGACAACAAAAACAUUAGGUAACAGGACUGAUAGUCGUUUCAACAACAAACAACAUUAGGUAACAGGACUGAUAGUAGUUUCAACAACAAAAACAUUAGGUAACAGGACUGAUGGUAGUUUCAACAACAAAAAACAUUAGGUAACAGGACUGAUGGUAGUUUCAACAACAAAAAACAUUAGGUUACAGGACUGAUGGUAGUUUCAACAACAAAAACAUUAGGUAACAGGACUGAUGGUAGUUUCAACAACAAAAAACAUUAGGUAACAGGACUGAUGGUAGUUUAAACAACAAAAAACAUUAGGUAACAGGACUGAUGGUAGUUUCAACAACAAAAAACAUUAGGUAACAGGACUGAUAGUAGUUUCAACGACAAGAAACAUUAGGUAACAGGACUGAUAGUAGUUUCAACAACAAAAAACUUUAGGUAACAGAACUGAUAGUAGUUUCAACAACAAAAAACAUUAGGUAACAGGACUGAUAGUAGUUUCAACAACAAACAUUAGAUAACAGGACUGAAAGUAACGAGUGUGUUAUUAAGCAUAGAAUUAGCAAAUACACUGACUAUUGAUGGAUGACAUUUAUGCUAAUAGCAUGUAAACACCCAAUACAUAAAAUUGUUACAACAAAAACACUAUUAGGUAACAGGACUGAAAGUAACGCGAGUUAGUUAUUAUGCAUAGAAUUUGAAAAUGUGUUAAAAAAAAAUACAAUAACAUUUAUGCUAAUAGCAUGUUGACACUAAAAACAUUACAUUGUUUCAACAAAAAAUAAUAGGUAACAGGACUGAAAGUAACAGGAGUAAGAUUUUAAGCACAGCAUUUGAAAAUUCAUUAAAUAUUGUGAUGGCAUUUAUGUUAAUAAAAUGUUGACACUAAA